GACACAACUCGCAAUGACUUAGUGAAUCGGUUCUUCCAAAUGUAUUUGAUUAAAACAGUGAAAUCACUCCUCUUUAAAGGAAUGAUCACGAAUAUAAACAUAGACAAAUUUAUUUCACCACACAGUAGCUAAUGACAGGGACUUCUGUGCCAUUAACUGACCGUGCACAAAAAUAAAUAAAUAAAUAAAUAAAUAAAUAAAUCUAUUUAUUUAAAUGAACCGAAUGAAACUUCCAAACUGGUUGCGAUUCGAGUUUCACUUCAAGGCGCACGUGAACACAUGCUCCACCCACUGCGGUUUCCUGGGCAACAGUAUACAGAAAACAACAUGACUGGAAGAGAGAGAUCACGAGAGGGAGUCCGAUCCGCUGAAAACUCAGAGAGGAUCAAGAGAGGAGAAGAAGCAGAUAAAUGUGAUAGUAGACUCAGUGAAGUGAAGAUAUCUUUUCCUCAGUGGGAACUUCUAAAGCAAGACCAAUUAAAUAUUCUUCUCAAUCUGUCUAUGGACCAAGUGCAGUUACAGUUUGAGGAUAUACUGAAUUUCGAAAACCUCCAAACGUGGAAAGAAGCUGCGCUGUUGGAGUAUUUUGUCAGUGGAUUUUGGUGGGGCAAAGAGAUGAACUUCAACUCUCAGCAGAUCUCAUUUAUCAUGCCACUUUUACAGCAACUACUUGACAACAUAAAAAAUAAACAGUCAUCAUUUGCUGAUAAUUUCAAGGCAUUUACCCAGACAGUACUUGCGACCAGACAAUCUCCAUCAUCGGAAACCAAAGCCAGCUUUUUAUUCACCACCGAUCAAAUCAAAGCCAUCACAGAUUACUUCAAGACCAGUCUUUUUCAGCACUACAGACUAUAUGAAUAUCUGUUCACUCAUAGAGAGAAGCAACUCCUGAAAACAGAGAAAUGCAUCGAGGUGAUCGACCCCGCUGAGUCUGCCGCCCCGCUGGAAGAAGGCAUGUCUGCUGAUCUGUACUUCCAUUACAUGGCUCCCCCACAUGUUCAAACGCCUGAGCAGACCGUGCAGGAAUCUCUCGAGGAGAAUGUGGAAGAGCCUGGAAAAGCUGAACUGGAAGAAAGUCCCGGGAAUCACGUGGGCUUCAGUGUAGAAGAUGUUCGAGAGGCGCUGGAGGAAAUGACCCAGGAGAUGUUAGCAAAACUACAGGCCGACUUCACAGAGAAGCUGCGAGUUCAUGAGGAGACCUACAUCUCGAGGUUAGAACGACUUCAAAAAGCCUCUUCCAUAUAGCACUGAUGAGAUGCCAAGAGGAUUUCCCACCAGUAUUUACUAAUUCAAUCAGAACAAGUCUGAAAAUAACAUAGAAUAUGGCACUGGUGGUUUAUACACCCAGAUCCUCCUAAUUUACACAACAUUUUAUUCACUUCGGUUGCACUUAUGUCAAGCAAAAAGACUUCAUCAGUUUGUACGGUGUUGUUAAAAGAAAUAAAUGACUUUCUGGUGACAUUCUUGAUUUAUUCAGUAAGAUAAAAUGAUGCAGAUGAAAUUCCAGAUCAUAUUCGUGUACGUCAAGGAGGGAACAGAAUAUCUAAUUAAGUUGUUUGUAUAAGGUUUUUGUGGCACCUUUCCCACAAGUCAUUAGCUGUCUGAAAGUAGCCCAGCGCUAUGGCAACGCUGUGUAACUCAGCCUAAAUAGCUGAGUUGCCAUAUAAAGUGAUGUAUUAUUAAAGCUGAAUAGUGACUUUCCCACUGCAUUUGAGAAAGCCCACAUAUAACUAUAAAUAUCCCCCGCAGUACAUAUGAAAUAUCUUCUUCUUUUUUAUUUUUUUUUAACUCUGAGCUCUUAUUUUCCAUUUACAGAGCACAUUAUUUCACAUCACAAGGCACAUUCUGCAUACGGAAUACCAUCAAAGAUUAUUAUUGUUAUUAUAAAGAUGAAUUAUUAAUUUAGCUUGUGUCAUUCAACUCUCACUGCACAUUUAAUACUUAACCAGAUUAUGAUUGAUGGGUAAAACAGGUCCAUUUAAUCAGCGCAAUAUCAAAUUACAGCAAUAUUCCUCCAUGCCUCUGUGUUGUUUUACGGCCUGUUGAUUUAGCUCUUCAUUAGCCUUUCCACCCCCGUGUUGACAUGUGAUGGUGAAGUUAGCUGCUUACACGGGAACAUGUUCAAACAGUUUGAGGGUUGUUUUGGAGCUGUUCUUUUUGUUUCCAAACUAACUGAUAGAGUCAUUCCUGAGCCAAGAGCUGGAUGACCUUUUAGCUCAUGCACAACAACAGUCCCUCUGCUGGCCAAUGGAGUACAUUAAACAAUGACUUCCCGCUUACUGGAAUACUGUGGAUAGGUUUUAAAGAGCCCAUUGUGGUUUUAGUUCAUGUUUAUGGGGUCAUCUGGAUGCUAGUGUACACUUGAAGGUUAACAAAUGUUCCAAACCUUUAGCAGAUAUAUUUAAAAUAUGUAUUUAAAUUCCACAAAUGUUCAUUUCCUGGAGAAAAUGCACCAUUAAAAGGCAUAUAUUAUUUUUUUUUUUUUUUUGACAUUUUUCUCACAGUUACAGGAAGUCAGAUUUGUGAGACGUAAACUAAGAAUUCUGAGAGAAAAAAAAUGGAAUUGUGAUAUUUAUUUAUUUAUUUUUCAUCCUGCAUGUGCCAGAAACUUGCUUCUGUUGCUUUAUGGGGUCUUUAACUAAUAAAUUGCUUUAG